CGACCCUCGUCGUGAAGUGAUCCUUUUCCCUGGUCGAGUCGAUUCCGGCCACUUUGCCGACUUCCUUCAUUUCUCCGAGAUCUGAUGCAGAUGCACAGGAACCCGGAUCGUCAUUUGGCCGAUACGAGUUUUAUCGCAUCACUCCCACCGGGUGAGGGGAACCAUAAACAGUUCCAGGGCCGGCUCUCAGGAGAGUCCGAACUUGCCAUUGACCGACACUACCGCGAUGACCAGAACAUCCUCAUGCCUUCAGGGCAAUACCACUCUGGACAUUACCAUCAUCAUCUUGAGUACCGACACGCUGAGCAUCUGAGGUAUUACGGUCCUGGCGAACCCUGCUGUUUCGCACCCAACUGGGUGCGGGCCUAUAAGGUUGUCGGAGAUGAAAUGUUGCCCAGCCCGGAGAGAGGCGUCUCGCCUGGACGGUACGGGGCCAUCCCAGGUGUGCCUUCUCGAGCAGCGCGGAGGAGGCGUCCCAGCGACUCUGAAGAGGAUAUCGUCAGCUGUACCGAAGACUACAAGUGCUCUUGCGACCAUCUCCCCAAUGGAAAUUACCGGCAUCUUCACGAGGAAGAAGCAAAUAAGUAUCCUCCGGAUGUUACUCAGAACAAACAAGAGGUCACCUUCUACCCUAAACCACCCGUAUCUGCUACAACUUCCACAUCGACGACUUCCGGCGCUAGUUGCAUUCCAGGUUUCAGAAUAAAGGUGAAACAGCGGUGGAUCGUUUUAAUGGCAGUGAUUUUGGCCGCUGUUGCUGGAGUUGGCCUUCCAUUAGCAUUGAAAAUUCAGGCGGGUGCGACGUUUGAAGAAAGGCUUGAAAUUGCUUCAAGACUUUUACAAGACGUCCCACUCAUCGAUGGACACAACGAUCUUCCAUGGAACAUCAGGAAAUUCGUACACAAUCGUCUGAACGAAUUCAGAUUUGGUGAGGAUUUACGAGGAGUACCGCCUUGGUCGCUCAGCGCCUGGUCGCACACAGAUCUGCUUCGGCUCCGCGCUGGACAAGUCUCAGCUCAGUUUUGGGCUGCCUAUGUUCCCUGUGAAUCUCAAUUCAAGGAUGCUGUCCAGCUCACAUUGGAGCAAAUUGAUGUGAUUAGAAGACUAACUGAAAAAUACAGCCCUCCACUCACAUUUUGCACUUCAGCUAAAGAAAUAACAGUUGCACAUGAAAAGAAUCAACUUUGCAGUCUGAUAGGAGUUGAGGGAGGUCAUUCUUUAGCAAAUAGUCUACCUGUACUAAGGACUUUGUACACUCUUGGGGUCAGAUAUUUGACCCUCACAUCCACUUGUAAUACACAAUGGGCAGACUCUUCACUUGUAGAUAUUCCAGGAAGAAAGUCUGAACAUGGAGGUCUUACAAAUUUUGGCAAAAUAAUUGUGAAAGAAAUGAACAGGCUUGGUAUGCUUGUCGAUUUGUCACACGUUUCCGUGAAAACCAUGAAGGCUGCACUUGAGGUAAGUAAAGCCCCGGUGAUAUUCUCGCAUUCAUCAGCAAGAGCACUUUGCAAUAGCACUCGCAAUGUGCCUGACCACAUUCUUGCCAAACUGGGUCUCAAUGGAGGGCUUGUGAUGGUGAAUUUUUACUCACAGUUCUUAACUUGUAAAGACACCGCUACAAUAGCCGAUGCAGCUGCACACAUAAAUCACAUAAGAGAGGUGGCAGGUGUAGACAGUGUAGGCCUCGGCGCUGGCUAUGAUGGAAUUAAUUUUACACCUAAAGGGUUGGAGGAUGUAUCUACAUAUCCUGCAUUAUUUGCUGAAUUGAUUGCAUCGGGACAAUGGUCGAUGGAAGAACUGAAAAAGUUAGCAGGACUCAAUCUCUUAAGAGUUCUCCAUGCUGUUGAAAAAGUUAAUAUAGAAAAAAAACUUUCUUUUUUUUAACAUGAGUUUGUUUUUGUUUUUUAAAUGUCAACAUUUUCAGGUUAGAGAUGAUAUGGCCAAGUCUGGGGUAGAACCAUACGAAGACACAAUCGCACCAAAGUACUUAAAAGGGAGAAGUAAUUGUACAUCACAGGAGCCUUUCUAGCGU